AUGCGAUUCGGUACUCCAUUGUUAAUCGUGUUGUGUAGGCGUGGUUGAGAUGCGGUGGGUCUAGUGGUACCGUUUGAUGUUCACCGGGAGUCAGGCGGAGCGAUCUAUUCGCUCUUUGUAAAUAUUGGCAGCGGCAUGGGACGCUGCUCUGUCUGGAUACUCGGUCUUGCGUUGAGUGUACUAAAAAAUGACCGGACUAACGACGAAGGAUUUUAAUCGUGUUUGGGAACCAAAGUGUCAAUAAGAAGGACCGAGGAGUUGUGUUCUUCUGCCCGAAUAUUUUGCUGGUGUCGUUUUUGGGAGAAAUCAGGGGCAGUAUGCUGCUCUCCAGACUGGGCUCAUUCUCUCACAUGUCGUCCAGCGUGGAUCUGCCGGCUAAACUGCAGCAAGCCAAAGAGAAGCAGUACCGACUGGGUUCGGUGCUCGGCAGCGGAGGUUUCGGGACCGUGUAUUCUGCUGUUCGCCUGGCCGACGGACUGCCGGUGGCGGUAAAACAUGUGAGCAGGGACAGAGUGACUGAGUGGGGCUCUCUGUGCGGCUCUGUGGUUCCUCUAGAGAUUGUGUUGUUGAAGAAGGUGGGCGGGGCAUUUGGCGGAGUGGUGCGGCUCCUGGAUUGGUGGGAGCGUGCCGACGGCUGGCUACUUGUGAUGGAGCGUCCAGAGCUGGGGCAGGACUUGUUUGACUACAUCACAGAGCGGGGAGCUUUAGACGAGGCGGCAGCGCGCAGUUUCUUCCUGCAGGUGCUGGAGGCGGUGCGUCACUGCUACACUUGUGGUGUAGUCCAUCGUGACAUCAAGGAUGAGAACCUGCUGGUGGACCUGAGGACGGGACAAAUCAAACUGAUUGACUUUGGUUCAGGGGCCCUCCUCAAAGACACCGUCUACACAGAGUUCGAUGGGACGCGGGUGUACAGUCCUCCAGAGUGGAUCCGUUUCCGUCAGUACCACGGGCACUCGGCCACCAUCUGGUCUCUUGGUGUGCUGCUGUAUGACAUGGUGUGCGGGGACAUCCCCUUUGAAGAGGAUGACGAGAUCCUGAGAGGAAAGCUCUACUUCAGACUCAAAAUCUCCACAGAGUGCCAGCAGCUAAUUGGCUGGUGUCUGAGCCAGCAGCCAUCUGACAGGCCGACCCUGGAGCAGAUCCUUCUCCACCCCUGGGUGACGUGCAGCAAUGGUCAACAGACGGACAUUGGCAGCGUCACACUUCAUCCUCUCACUGCCGACUCCUCCUCCUCGCCUUCCUCCUCCUCCAACCAGGGGACCCUCUGAUUGGUUGGGGUGUAGCAUGGACUUCAUUGAAAGCUGCUCCCCCACCUCCCAGUGACUUUACCUUGAUCAUAGAUUUGUAAAAUCAUGGUCUCGGUUCAGGAGUGAAGUUGGAUCCUUCUGCAACUGUGUGCAUCUUUCAGAGUGCCUUGAGUUUGAGGGCCCACUCACACUAGGCAAUCGUGCUGUGCCCAAGCACGUUUGCUCUCUAAAAUCCAGAUUCUAUGACUAGUGUGAGUGCUUGAGUAUGGCACGCUUCCCUGGCAUGGUAUGGUUGGAAGAGGUGUAGUUUGGCACGAUACGCUUGGUCAACCAUGCGCGCAAAUGCUGAUUAGUGCGAAACGUAACCAUGACGUAUAAAGCAAGCGACCGUGGCAGCGGCACAGGGUUCAUGUUGGUCAGAGGAAAAGGUAGUGUGUUUGGUACAGAUUUGGCCAGAGGAUGGCAUUCAGCAACAGUCACUUUACGAUGAGGUCACACCAUGCAUAUGUCGUGUAGCAACACGAUCACGUAUGUGUCGGAGGCAGUCGUGCUUCAGCACACUUGGUUCAGGGUAAUGUGAGUGCGGGCCACCGGAGGAUGGGGUGCAUUCAUGCUUCAGUACAGAACAACAGGCCUUAGUGUGAGUGCACCCUGAUAGCUGCUGUGAGCAGCAGUGUUGCCAUGGUAAUAAGUGUCCAGCAGAAACCAGUCUGUCGAGGGGUCAGUCUUGAGAGGUGGAUGAUUUGUCAGGUUCAGCCAUAUUAUUUUACAUAUUAUUUAUUCAUUUUAAUACAGGGCCACAUCAGUAAGGUAAACCAGUUUUCAUUGGUAGGUUCAUAGUAUUCAAAGAGUUACACCAUUGUUUUUAAUACAAUGUAGAACAUGGACCUAUGUAAAAUUGAAUCCAAGGAGACUGCUCCAGAUGUCUCUUGUAACAACGGCAAGGGGGAACUGAAAAUUGGCUAGCUUUUGCAGGAAAACUUAGUUUUUUCUGUCUUCUCAGGAGCCAUCCACCCUGUUAUGUCGGCAUUGAAAUAAUAACAUUGAGAAAUACCUGACCCAAACACACACAGCCCCGUUAGGGAGCUGGCUUUGUAUGUUGUGUGUGUUUUUCAUCGUGUAACAAAUGUUACUAAUGCUUCAUUGUUUACAUUAGUUUCUGCAGUUUGAUUUCUUAGAUUUUUCAAGCAGAGCUGGUUUUUGUUUGAAAAUAUAGUUGGUUCAUGGACAUCAGUGUUGAAGAUUUAAGGUGCACACAUUGAGAACUGACUCAACAAUUUUUCAAAGAGUUCUGACGUUCCACAACCCUUGUGUUUUUUUGUCAGGAGAUACCUGAAGUCAGCUCUGUCCUCGUCCACUUGUCAGGGUAAAAUGCACAGUCAAUGCAAACAUUCAUCUUUGUACAUUUGUUUUUAUCUAUUUGACAUUCCAUGCCUAACUAUUUAUUUACUGUUCUUGUGAACUAAAAACAAGAAUAAAAUAUGAUUUAAGUUUUUUUUCACUUCAAGUACAAAUCCUUAGCAAGAAUUCUGUAUAAACUUCAUUUGUUAUAGUUUUAAGUAUAAAAGUGAAUGGAGACAAAGUAUAUUUUCAUUGAAGUUUUUCAAAAUAAACUUUUUUUGUACAUACAAUUCUA